CUGCUCCUCCUCCCGUCUCGCUCUCUCCCUGCUUCUCUCCACAUCCUGACUUCUUCCUCCGCUCAGCCUCAGCUUCUCUGUUGUCGUCUGUCAUCACACAGAGGAGCAGCCUUUCACCUUUGUGCAGCCGGAUCUCCUCUUUGCUCACAGAAUGCCUUUUGGAGGAGGAAACAAGUGUGGCUGCUGCCAGAAAUCUGUCUACUUUGCCGAGGAGGUGCAGUGUGAGGGGAAAAGUUGGCACAAGUCCUGUUUUCUGUGCAUGGUUUGUAAGAAGAAUUUAGACAGCACGACCGUGGCCGUUCACGGAGAUGAGAUCUAUUGUAAAUCGUGCUAUGGCAAGAAGUACGGUCCAAAAGGCUACGGCUAUGGAGGCGGAGCUGGCACGCUGAGCAUGGACACUGGAGAAGGACUUGGAAUUAAGCCUGAAGUACAAACUUCCCAUCGCCCGACCAAUAACCCCAAUGCCUCCAAGUUUGUCCAGAAAACAGGAAGCUCUGAAGUGUGUCCUCGAUGCAGUAAAGCUGUGUAUGCAGCUGAGAAGGUUGUUGGAGCAGGAAAUUCUUGGCAUAAAAGCUGCUUCCGCUGUGCCAAGUGUGGAAAAGGCCUGGAGUCCACAACCCUUGCUGACAAAGACGGGGAGAUCUACUGCAAAGGUUGUUACUCCAAGAACUUUGGUCCCAAAGGUUUUGGGUUUGGUCAGGGUGCAGGAGCUCUGGCUUAUUCCCAGUAGAACCUGAAGAAUGGUUCCACCUGGACUGACACCUGCUAUUGUCGCUUCCAAGAUUCUUCAGCCGAUGGCUAACCUAUUUUUCUCAGCUAAAACAUGCAAAAGUGCAAGCAGCUUUGUGUUCACCACAUGGAUUUUGUUCCAUUCAAUGUCUGAUCGGAUUUAACGGCAUCAAACACACUGGAUC